AUGCUCUUCACAGCCGUUGCAGCCAUCCUUCUCGCCCUCGGUCCUCUGGCUGCCCACGCCAAGUCACAGGGCAUAGUCACGCAUCCGACUUCCGACACAAAGCUUGACCUCGGCAGCGAUGAUCGGUCGAUGAAAAUCACCUGGGCGUACGAAGGCGACUCGGGAAAGUGGGAUCACGUUGAUCUUGUUCUCCAAGGCGAGUCGAGAGACGAUGCAGGCUCCACCAAAGAAUGGUCUGCAAGCGUGCGAAUGGACAUCGAUAUGGGUGCACACUCUUUCACAUACAACUCGACAAGAAGUUCCUCUUUGCUGGAGGACAUGAUGCUCAGAUACAUGGACGGAGGACGCUGGGCGGUUCGAUAUGGCGUUCGCUACCGCAGAUGGGACGCGCUGGAGGAUGUCUUCUUCUCUGAACCUGUGGCGGUGGAAGGAAAGCCAUGUAAUGGAUUCACCAAGAGCACCAACGACACUUUGGCAUCGGCCAUGUUGUCCCCGGAGAGAGACACAGCAGCCGGCGAUUCGCAACAUGUGUCUUCAAGCACUGCCCAGCACACCCACGUUCAGUUUGCCCCCCAGGCACUGACGCCCACGACGCCUUGGACAUCUCUCCAUGACCCCGUGCCGCAUCUUUCUGAGGCCUCGUCCACAUCGCCAGCCGAAACCUGGCGACUGGAUCACUUUGUGUCCGAACCAGGCUACCUCGAGUAUCAAGAGGAGCUUCGCUGCCUCAUCUUCAAUACGGCCCAGACUGCCGCGCCCACCCGUGAAGGCACCCCCGAGCCUGGCACCACCCUUCCCGAGGCCCUUCCGUUGGUGCCCUCUUUUCCGAGCCCCUCAAAUGACGCUGCGAACCGCCGCCAGGCCGCUCAAACCCUGGCAUCGCCUCGGCGUUUAGAGUUCCUGAAGAAUUACGUUGCUGAGGUCGCUCCGUGGCUCGACAUGUUCGACAGCGACCGGGCCUUCGGCAUCCAGGUCCCAGUGCUUGCUCAGUCCUCACCUGCCCUUCUCUACGCCGUCCUGGCCCUCUCGGCUCGCCAACUGGAGCGCAAGGAAGGCAGACAGUCCUCUUUCGACAGUCUCGAACUCUACCAAGAGGCCAUCCGGUUGCUCACACCUCUAUUGCAGGUUCGUGAUCAAAAGAUUAUCCCCAUUUGCACAAUUCUCUGCUGUAUGGAGAUGAUGUCGGCGAGUGCCCAAGAUUGGAGGAAGCACCUCGAAGGCUGUGCUGCCUUGUUCGACUCAUUCAACGUACACGGCUUCACCGGGGGUUUAUUGCAGGCUGUUUUUUGGUGUUAUGCAAGGAUGGAUCUCUGUGGUGCCCUCAUUUCAGAUGGAACGGAGAGCACUCUUCUUCAACCGUCGAAAUGGCUUCCUAGUGGUGCUACACACUCUGAGGCUGUGGACCUGUUUCGCCAGUCCACUUCGCCGGACAUGUACGCCAACCAUGCCGUCUACCUCUGCGCCAAAGUAUGCGAGCUUGUCGCAGACCGCACACGCUUUUACGAGCUUGGCGACGACACCAGCGUCAACCCUGACGACCUGAACGACCGCUGGCUCCGUCUGUGGGAUGACCUUCAGUCAUGGAAUCUGAAUCGGCCGCCCGAAAUGCUCCCUGCUCAGACCAUCCAAAGCACGCCUUUUCCCCAGAUCCUCUUCCUACACUGGGCCGCCAUAUCCUCCAACCAGCUCUACCACACUGCUUGCGUCCUUCUCCUCGGUUCCACGCCACGCCCCUCGAAUCUGAAGCUCGGCAUUAGCGGCUCGGCCGUAUGGCAUGCCAAGCACAUCUGUGGCAUCUCCCUCGCGAACCCGCACCAGGGCUGCUUGAACAAUGCAAUUCAGCCUUUGUGGGUGGCAGGGCGUCUUCUGAGCCACAAGUCCGAGCAUGCCCUUCUCGUCCAGCUGAUUCGGAGCAUCGAGGCCAUGACGGGAUGGGGUACAUGCUGGCGGAUUGACGACCUGGAGUCGGCAUGGGGCUACAAAGUCCGCGGCAAAAGUUCGCGCAUGACCAACCUCACGGUCUGA